UGUGAAUUCAGUACGACCAUUCAUAAGCAAGCCAGUACUGUUUAAGGUACAAUUACAAGACCGAUAGCUGCCGAUCGAAGAAACGUUGCGAAAACUGCACAUGUUGUUGUGUGCUGUUGUGGAAUGGAGCUGGGUGAAAGCCCGAAUAAACGGAAGUGCCUUUAUUGCAGAACCAACUCGGAACACAAAACAUCGGACGAAAACUGUGCUGAGAGAGUGAGGCAACGAAAUAUAAAAACAAUCAUGGCGAAGUCAACAAUGACGUAUAUGGAAGCACAGGAACAAAAUCCGAUUCUAACACAAAACCAUUAUGAUGCCCUGGAAAAUGCGGAAGAAUACCCAACCCUUCCGGAGAGCUUCGCGAAUAUGACCGCGGGACUUUACCGUACGCAGAACGAAAGACAGUACAGACCUCAGAAGCCGAAGAGAACGAUUCAGAAUGUGAAUAUCGCCGACCAGGUACAGGUGCUAGCCGAUAAAAAGAAGAAGACCAGCGAAAAGGAGAGUGCAGGGGUAGCCCUUUUUAACAAAUUCAAAGUAUCCGACUUUGAACGAUGGGCUCAACAAUUCCAAGAACAGAGAACCCAGAAGAUCACGGAGCAGCUCAGCAAAAAUGACCAAAACGGGGAUGACACAGCGUUCCAAGGAGCAGCUGGUGGGAAGAUCACAGACAUAGCGGAUAACAGCAGAACUAUGAAGGAAAAUGUCAGCAACCGUCGCCUUCGAUCCAGUACUAUAGACUGGUCGCAGGAGUCGAACUGAACUAGGAUGGAAAAGUAAGUAGAACAUGACAGAGCAAAACAUACGAAUCUUUCAAAUAAACAUACAAAGCCUAGAAAAAAAUAAGGAUGAAUUAGCAAGAAUACUAAUAAAGGAACAAUACAAUGUAGCCUAUGUAAGCGAAACGUGGAGCAGAUUAGAGUUAGAAAGUACUAAAUAUAAAGUGCCAGGGUAUUUCACCUUCCUCAAAUCUAGGGAUGAUGGAUACGGUGGUGCGGGAAUAAUAAUAAACAAGAAAAUCAAAACGAGAGAA